AGAAUUUCAUCACUGCCUUGAUUUCUGCAUAUCAGGGCAAAAACGUUCUAAUAGAUGCAGAACAUUCACUGUACCCCAACAAGGUAAACUUGUAACUUCUGUAACGUUCUUUGUGGUCCUUGUAUCUUUAUACUACUUAUAGGUGCAAGUAGAUACAUAAACGUGUAGAGAAGUAUUAUCGACAAAUCUUGUAUUUUUUCUAGAAUGCAAGGAAAGAGUGUUUGGAACAUGUAGCAACAAAAGUGGCCAAAGUCUUGCAAGGCAUUACCGCUGAUGACUACAAGGCCAAAUUCUCAACUUUGUGGUCUCACUAUGGCGCUGAACUGAAGAAAAUACAUCAGAACGAGAGCAGUGGCUCAUCCAGUGCCGUAUACAGGCCAAGAGUCUGGUAGUUUGAUGUUUUACAUUUCCUGAAAGACUUCAUUACACCACGCGAAAGCCGGUGUAACAUUCCGAACAGUGUUGUGCCUCACAACUCUGGUACAGAAAUCCCGAGGACUAGGAAGAUGCCUGACAACUCAGUGAUAGAAAUCAUAAUUUUUUAUGAUGAGAGUAGUAAUAUCGAUAGCCCACCAUGUACACCAAAUAGUGAACGCCCAGAUAUCACAAUUGAUAAUAUGGAUGUGGUGGUAGUUAACAACAGUGCUGAAUUUGAGGUGCCUAGUACUCCAGUGGUUUCUGGUGCAUAUUCCACUACACCAAAAGUUCGGAAGAUGAGAAAGAGUGAUAGUAAUCCCUUACUAAAUACAGUACUGGAGAACUUAAACUCAAAAUUGACCCAAAAGGCAUUAGACCCAUCUCCACAUGAUGCUUUGGGACACUUCAUUGUUGAAGAGUUGUCCAGAAUAAGAAAUCCAAUGACUGUGAGAGACACAAAACAUAAGAUACUGAAAUUUAUCAUGGAAUCUUAA